AUGAAGGUGGCUACGUGGCGGAAUGGUUGGAAUGAGACGGCUGCUACUGACUACUGCAGUAACGCCUUCACGAACGAUCCCGCGGUCACAGUCUGCAUAGAGAAGGUCAACACAAGCGUGGCGGAAUACACAAACAGCUGUAUCACGGAUAUCAAGCUCCAAGGCGACACUGAUUUCUUGAAGGCCACGUUAGAUACUCUUAAAAAGAAGUGCAUAACGACAGCGUCACGUGAUGAAAGUUUCCAGCAGACGAAUACGACAUCCAAUGGCGUCAGUGUCUUAGACACUCUUUCCAGUUUGACAUGUCCAAACAACUGCUCAGGGCACGGGACAUGUGCUAACGAGACCUGCAGCUGCGAUGCCAGUCAUAUUGGCGAGGAUUGCUCACACGGCCUGACGACUCCCCCCGCAGAAAUCAGCGUCCCCAGUCACGGGCUGUGUGACACGAGAUACCGACCUUGUCUGACCCAGAACAUCGUGGGUGUAUUUCAUAAAGCACCCUAUGCUCUGGCUCAACAUUUUAAAGCAACGGAAAGUGGAAAAGAGUACAGUAACUACAGUGUAAUGGCAAACGUCACGUUACGUCAGCUAAACCUGCUGACCAUUACCAUACCAACCUAUCCCACGUCGUCAAGGAGACGGCGCUCUACAGACGGGUCCAUACAUGGCUGGGAUUUAAGUUUCAGUUACGACAAUUCUACCUUCAGCAACUCCACUUCCGUCGUUGUGUACAACGGCGCAUCCGAAUCAUGCGACUACACAACAUAUACAUGUACCAAGUUCACAUCAGUUCAGGAUGAACCAGACGACAGUUGGAUUGCUGGGGCGGCAGCAGGUGGCGCUGUAGGCUUUGUGGUUGUCAUGGUGAUCGUGGGAGUAAUUGUUUAUAGGAAAUUUUUCAAAAACAAACGACCAUCAUCAGCUAAGGUUGGCAGCAGUGACAGAGAAAUGUUAACCUUGAAACAGGACGAAGAGAGUCCUCCCCGGCCUCCCACCGUCAACUCGUGGGUGUCAGAUAGGAAGAAAUAGUGAAAGAGGGUAGCAAAGGAACCACCAAAGAUAGUUAAAGAUAAAACUAAUAUAAUAGAAAUACCUAGAGAUUGAUGAAAUGAUAGCUCAGAAACGAUAAAAA